UGAGGAAUAUAUUAUUUGUCUUUUACGAGUUAGUCUCAAUGGGGCCAGAGAGGAGGACCGCCAACAGAAAAUGAAGCGCACAGGACGUGUUGGUUCAGUUGGGUCUGCGACGUCAAAGGCGGAGCACAGACCCUCUCCGCAAGGAACAGCACUGACAUUGGCGCGAACAGGUCCUCGCCGAGAGAGAGAUGAGGCCAGGAAUCCUGCUCCUCCUCCUCCUGUGGGCGGGGCACCUUCCCGGACACGCCUUCUUCUUCGAGGGUCACAAAGACCUUGACCUUCCUCCAGGCUACUACGCCUCGGAGUUCCUCGGUGCCCCUUCUCCAUGUGCUUGCAGGAGCCGGUGUUUCGUCCACCUUCUCUGCACGGCUUUCACGGUGCAUCUGCCUGACUCAGGUGAAGUCAACUGCUUCUUCAGUUCUGUCAACAUCACGACCAGCAUGAUGAAACCCAACGCCUCCAGCUGGACCUUCUGCAAGGAAGGGUGCGCCGCUCCCACUGCUCCCGCCGCCGUUCGCACCACGACCACUCCCGCUGCCGUUAGCACCACGACCACUCCCGCUGCCGUUCGCACCACGACGGGUCCCAGAUGCGCCGAUUCCUUCGUCGACCUCGGCGCCAUCGGCUGUUACCACUUCUACGAGUCGACCAUGACCUUCGCCAGCGCACAGUCUUACUGCCAAGGCUUGAACGCCGAUCUGGCAACACCUUCCUCGCUGGAUCCCCUGAGGCAAUACCUCCUGGAUAACAGCUACACAGGCGAGUACUGGGUGGGUCUGGCGCGUCCGGACGGCUGGCUCGACGGGCGGCCCGACGAGCCGAGCGAGUGGGACGCCGGCGAGCCCAACGACUCGGGCGCCUGCGCCAGGCUCAGGGACAGCGGCGGCUUCAGAGCGGCGGAUCAUGGCUGCCUCAACAGCUACAAGGUCAUCUGCGAGCAGGAGGUCUAAGGGGAGAGUAGGUGGCGGGGGUACCUUUUUUGGGGGGCCGAAUUGUUUAUUUUGGCCUGUGUUUGUAUUUGGUUAUAUUCUUUAUUUUAGCAUUUUUUUAUUUAUUUUACUGUUUAUUUUGGUCUGUUUAUAUUUGUUUAUAUUAUUUUGGCCAUGUGUAUUUGUUCUUAUGUUUGUAUAUGGCUACAUGCUUUACUUGGCCAUGUUUGUUUGUAACCAUGUUAUUAUAUGGCUAUUUUGUUAUAUAGGCCAUCUUGUAUGUUUUUGACCACGCGCAGCAGACUAACAAUAGCUAUCACAAAUAUUACACAAGUUUUUUUUUCACAAUAUUACAAAAUUGCUGAGGUACUACCACCUGUGUCACGUUGAACAGCAGUGAGCUUGUCAAAAAUUCCUGAAAUGUUUGUAAGAUCGAGAGAAGUGCUAAUUUUUUUCAUUAAAGGGAAGGUUUUCAAGCAUUCUGAAGUUGAACAGAAAAAUGCAUAUCACAAAAGAUAUGAUAUGAAGACCAAAGCAAAAGACCAUUCUUGUGAGUGAAUAAAGAAUUGGAGAAUUCUCUCUCUUUAUAUAUAUCCCCGGAAUCUUAGUGUAAUU